AUGAGCUAUGCAAAUCGACUUUCGAGUUGUUUCGGAAACAAUGAGCCCAAGAAGAAGCAUGCGAAGGUGACAUGGACCGUCACAAUCCUCCCACCUCGCCCCGACGUCAAGAAAGACCUAAAAUGUCCAGCCGUGAAAGGUGCCAUUCUUUCAUCAGUGCAUCGAGAUGUUGAGAAAUGUGUAAAACGACCGUGUACCAUUCAUUCGUCAGUUCGCCCUGAUGUCGAAAAAUGUGUAAAAAGCCCAGUCAAAACAAGCACCGUUCCCCCACCAACUCGAUGUAACUUGAAGAUAUGUGUAAACCCGAAUAGUGAUUCUAGCAGUGGAGCAAGAGCACAAGAUGGAGCCAUAAAGCAAUCAGCAGCUAUCAGCACCACCAUUCAGAUUCCUGUCACCCUUCCAUGCACCGUCAGCAUUAAAACAUUUAAUUAA